CUCGCUCGCUCUCGCUCUCUCGCUCUCUCUCUCUUUUCCAGCCCCCGCCCCACCGGCUUCGCAUCUUCUGCGCGGGCUCCCCCUGCCGGCGGAGGCAAUUAGCGGGGUCGGCGCGUUCCAUGGCCGGCGGCGGGGGAUCAUGACCGACUACGGGGAGGAACAGCGCAAUGAGUUGGAGGCCUUGGAGGCCAUCUAUCCGGACUCCUUCACAGUGUUAUCAGAAAACCCUACAAGUUUCACUAUCACUGUGACAUCUGAAGCGGGAGAAAAUGAUGAAACUGUUCAGACGACUCUCAAAUUCACCUAUUCAGAAAAGUAUCCAGAUGAAGUUCCAUUAUAUGAAUUGCUUGCACAUGAAAAUCUUGAAAAUAAUGACAUUGCAGACUUAUUAAAACUAUUGCAGGAACAGGCAGAAGAGAAUCUAGGCAUGGUAAUGAUCUUCACAUUGGUAUCAGCUGUGCAAGAAAGACUGAAUGAAAUAGUAGAUUUAAUAAAAACAAGAAGAGAAGCAGAAAAAAAACAGAAGGAGAAAGAAGCAGAGGAGGCAGAAAAGCAAUGCUUUCAUGGCACCCCUGUCACUAUUGAAAACUUUCUACGCUGGAAGGCAACAUUUGAUUUGGAACUUUUAGAAAUUAAGAGAAAAAAAAUGAAAGAAGAAGAACAGUGCGGCAAAAAUAAAUUAACAGGAAAGCAGCUGUUUGAAACAGAUCAUAAUCUUGAUACGUCUGAUAUUCAGUUCUUAGAAGAUGCUGGAAACAAUGUGGAAGUAGAUGAAUCGUUGUUCCAGGAAAUGGAUGACUUGGAGUUGGAAGAUGAUGAGGACGAUCCAGACUAUAACCCUGUUCAUCUAGAUAGUGACUAGAUCUGAAAUUCCUCUAUUAGCUAUUUUGAUCCGUAGGUCUGGUUGGACACUUAUAGCCCGAAAGAUGCACAUGUGAUUUGGAUAUCUUUUUCUUCAAAGAGAAGGACGAAGUAUUUUAAGAUCAAGUGACUUCUUUUCUGGUGGCUUUCAUCCCUGGUAAUAAACAGACUUUAACAUUUGAGA